CAGCCCGACACGAACAGAAAUGAGCACUUUGAUCACGGCACGCCAGGAUGGAGAAACUGAAGCGUGUUCUCCAUCCGCGUCGCGAGUCUGCACAAAUCGGCCUCGAUAGUGCCGACGAGCCCAUCAGCAUAGAUUGGCUUGCAUUUCGACAAUGGGCGAUAUGUUUCGUUGUCUGCAAUUUCAACGUUGAUGUUGGCCCUGAGGUGGAAAUCUUGUAUCCACCGGACACCGCUAUAUCUCCUUCGGAUUUGACUGCCAUUUGCUUCAACAGUUUUCCAGAGCGGCACGACAACGAUCCUCUAGAAGUGUCCAAUGGAGGCACGUCAGGUCGACAAGCCCGAAAGUCGACCGAGCUAGCGUUCAACUUCAGCAUCAGAAAUAAUUCGCCUGACCUGAAGCUCUACUCGCCAGCAGCACCGCAUGGAAGCGCAAACACAUUGUUCGGCUCUUGCCUUUUCCGCUCCGAGUUCGACUCGCAAACGAAGCGCAGUUUCAACCAGAAGUCUCUGGUGCUGAUAUCGAAUCACAACUUCGCCGCAUUCCACCUGAGGCUUCUUCGGAUCCUGACCGAGUUCGGCGUUAUCAGCGAUCCUUCGAAGCUCGAGGCGGCGUCGUCUGAAAUCGCGCAGUGGCCUGCGCCUACUGUCGGCCAUCAGGACUUGCCUUUUCUGGGCUACCUUUUGCAACUCGAAAUAACACCUCACAGAGCAUUUCAUCUUCAAGGAUUGACUCCACCCCACAUCUAUGCGUACGAACCCACUGGAUCAUGGGACCUACUCUUGCAACAUAUGCACUCCAUCGGAGAGUUAUAUAUAGCAUUUGAAAGACUAUUUCUGUGCGAGAGCAUCGUAGUGUACGCAAGAAGCCCCCAGCUCUGCAGCGAAGGGGUGUCCUGCCUUGCCGAUCUGAUCGCGCCCGUUCCUUACGCUGGUGUCCGCAAGCCGUAUCUUACCAUGCAGUCGGAGUUCUUCUCCCAGGACAAAACAGUGCCUCAACGAUUCUUGAUCGGAAUCACGAAUCCUUUCCUUCUCAAGCGACUGACGAGCGCGGCGAAGGAGGCUGGCCAGCCUCUGUACAUCCUCCAGCUGAAGGACACACCCGGCCCGGUACAGCUGAAGGGCAGCCGCUCGCAUCGAGGAAAGAGUCGCGGCAGCGAGCUGGAUAUCCCGGGGGGGCUCGACCCCCAGGAGCCAGUCAAACGCUAUCUCAAAUCCGAUCACGACUUUCUCAACACCGUCGACCUGACGCUCAAACAUCCUGAUCCGACGGUGGCUCCCAUAGGACCAUUCUUGCGACGUCACUUCGCCGACUUGACAGGGCAGAUCCUUCAGCCUUUAAAUCGAUUCUUGACAACAGAAAUGACGUCGACGCCGCUCUCGCCGGGAGGCAACCCGCGCUACGCCAACUUUUCUCAAAAGGAUUUCUUGCACAGUCUCAGCAAGCACGGAACGUUGGCCAAGUUCCGAGGCCAGACGCCUCUGCAGGCUCACCGACUGAGAGAUGGCUUCUACGAACAAUUUGUACGGAGUCCGAACUUCUACUCGUAUCUAGAGAUGAGGGUCACGCUAGACUCCGAGGCCAGGGCUGGUCUGUUGAGAGGAAAUGCAGUCAUUGUGCCGUGACGACGAUGACGACAGCGACGUCGACAGUGACGAUUAGGCGGAUGUUGAACAAUGAAGCAUUAUCGCCUCAGCUUACCUGAGUCGAGCGACGUUACGUAAAUGUAUCUACCGAUACCCAGUGUCAGAUUACUCGAUGGAUAUUUGCGCGCGCGUCCAAUCGUUGUCUGUUCUUUCAUAACGUCCAGGCUAUUUUUUUUUUUGAUUUUUUGUUUUGUGCAAUGAGGAACGGAAUGGAUUCAGCAGAUGGUUCCUACGGGGUUCUCUCUCGAAAGCUGUCCAGAAAUGCGGACUGCUCGCAUUGCUUCUCAGACUAUUCAAGAGAUAACGUUUACUUUUUUUCUAAGCCCUGUAGCAGAAGCUUGGCUGGCGCC